GCGUGCAAGCGAGCGAGUUGAGUGAGAGAGUGUGAGUGCGUGAGAGAGAAAAAGGUCGGACACGCGUCGUGCCUUGAUGAAUUGACUGCCAGCUUCAACCCUCCGCUGUCGCCCUGGGCCCAUGGUCGAUCGCCAGCCACACUUGCACACAGGCGCAAGCACGAACACGGGUCGCCCUGCACUGAGAUGGGAUCCUCAGAGGCAGUCUGUCAAUAGACCUCAAUCUCAGGUUGGCCCGGCCUCCACCCCAUCACCACAUUCUCAACCAGCAAGCCAGCCAGCCAGCCAGCCAACCAGCCAGCCAGCAAGACGUCGGCCAUCUUGCCGCAUCUUUUGGUUCUGCUCCAGCAUCAGCCCUGCCAGCUACCACCCACUGGUCACUCCCAUAGGGCUGUGUGGCCCAGUCCUCCGUCAUACCCGGCCCCUGCAAAAACAUCGUCAGCCUCAAAUUUGGGAAUCCCUCUAGACCUUCAAUUCUGCUCCUAUCCCUUUGGCCCCUGCUCCUCCAUCAAAGCAUCAGGACUGCGCAGGGCACUGUCUUCGCUUACCGUUCUUUCAACACAUCCUCAGACAAGAAGCACGUCACGUCGCAACAACUUGACUCGCAGACCACAAGUCUGACACCAAGGGCACUUUCAGUUGCGAGAUAGGCCAAGCAAGAGCUACCUAGUUUGGCUCUCAAAGCCUUGGCCUAGCGGCUCGCAUGCCUCAGCGUGACCAUGACGAGAUCUACCGCACGCACCCGGGAUCUCCCUUAUCUUCACAGGAACUGGAUCAUUGCCAUCAAUUAUCUGCAGUCUGCAGCGCUGGGCUUCAAGUCCAACGAAAUUCACCAGAAGCUGGCCAACGGCCAUGACGACCAUGACACUCGGCCCGCAAAGCGACGUCGCUAUGCCGAAAACUCCCCGGACUCGGGCUUAGGUCAAGAUCUUGACAGCCUCCUGCUCCCCAGCAAGCCAGGCGAGAUCCAACGCGCCAUCCGGAUCGAAGUCCUCAAGAUUGCCCACAAGGAUUCCUCUCGCCAGAGGCACAACCCUGCCCUGAACGGAACCAUCCCCCCAGCCAUCAAGGAUGCUGCAAGCAUCAGAGCCCGGUGCAAAAUCACCAUAACCACUGCCAGGCACAUGCCUGGUGAGGCCCGCAUUCUCUACUGUGAUAGCCAAAUUUGCACCAUCAAGACUUUUCAGAAUCCAGCUGGUUUAUCUCAGAUGGCCAGGGUUUACCUGCCUCAACCGUUUCAUAUUCCCGAAGAGAAGAUCUACGUCGAGCGCGACGACGAUGCAGUCUUUGAUCUUGCCGACCAGUAUUCCAUGUCUCUCGAACUUGAAUCAGCCGGUGACCGCAAUUGGCCACCUCUGAACCUGGCCGACACAUCCUUUGAUGAGAAUGUGUUCCUUGGUCACUCAUCUGCAUCACGACAUUGGACACUCGCGGCUGAGAUUCCAAAGAUCAUUGAUGGAGGUCGGAGGUCGGGACUCUUGAGGCUACACAAGGGAUCUUGCCAAGGUGUCCGAACCGACUUCGUUCUGGACGUUGACGUGAGAGCGGCAACAGCUCUGCCAGAGCGGCACUCAUGGAACAGCCGGGAGAGGGUUUCUCCCUGCCCUGCUACACUUGCCGACCAACAAGAUGAAACCCUGCCACUCACAAAUGGUCAAGUGAAUGGAGCGUAUGCCAACGGGAUAAAUGGAAACCUGGUCAAUGGGACCUCUGGCCUCAUCGACGAUGACGCCGAGGAAGAAGCCGAAGGCGAGUUGACACCCAGCCGCUCACUGAGGAUAAGAGGAACCAAAAACUACAACCUCAAAGACCUCAGCAAUCGCGCGCAGGGAAGGAAAGGCCGCAAUCGCCUGGCGAAAGCGGAACUGAGAAGAGCCGACGCAGAUCGCAUCCUCUAUCAUCUUCCCAGAGAAUCUGGGCCAGUCAAAGAAGUUCUCGUACUGGGCUUCGCUUGCUGCUUCUGCCAUGCCUCGCACCAGUCUCUGGCUCAGCUUCGCGCGCACCUUCCCAGCCACCCACAGUACAGAUUUGAGGUCAGCAUCUCCUCUGGAAAGAUGGGGGCCCCGGUGGACGUCUCUUGUAUAGCUGUCAAUGGGGGCCCCUUUUUGCGUCCCACGAUAUACCAGCUGGGCAAGCCGACCAAAGCCUUCGACCUGGACAAGUACGUUGAAGGCGACGACUCCUGGGUCAAGUCCCGUCUAGGCCCACACAACGACGACGGACCCGUGGUUUCGGCCCACAAAGCUUCACACGCAAGAACAGGUCAAGUGAGACCAUCACAGAGAAACGGAGGCCGUCGCAAGGAGAAGAAAGUUCUUGUUCCGGACACCAAGCAGCCGCUAUUUGACUCCCUGAGCAAGGCCAAAUUGAUACCUGGAACAGAGGUUCGUCAGUCUGUAGCCGAUGAUACCUGGCUCAUCCAGAAGCACCAAGAUAUUGUCCAGGACUUCAUUGAUGUCGACGCUGCCGAGAAAGACUACAUCAAGCAGUGGGACGCGUUCAUCCACAAGAGGCACAUAAGCUCCGAUGCCUUUAUCUCACGCGCAGUGCUUGAGUUCGUGAAUGAGAAGAUGCCGUGGCUCCUCAGCUCGCAAUCUCGUAUCCAGGAAUUCGGCAAGCAUCUGACAGUCCUCAUCGCGAGGGGUCUUGAUGCCGACACCGUGAGGCAGGUACAAUCUCGCAUACAAGAAGCACGAAGUCAGAAGCCGCCGGAACCGGAACAAGCGUCUUCACAGCAGCCUCCUAGGGAGGCACAACACCGUAGCUCUAAAGGGUGCGCGAUCUGUGGUCGUAACGUUCGAGGCCCGCAGUUGCUGAUUUGCGCCAACGAGGAAUGCAAGAAACCUCUUUACCACGAGGAGUGCAUCAAGUAUCAGGCGCAAAUUCCGAUUGAGCACCAAGGAUGGCGAUGCAAUGAAUGCGCGCCUGCGCACAAUGGUCACGGGGAAUGCGUGGUCUAAGCAUGUUGCUCUCGGAACUGAGGUAACCCGUUCCGCGGUAGCGAGUAUCUUGGCACGAUGUGAAAUAGCCCAUCAGGCUGGGGUUGCAUAGAAACUCUGCUUGGAGAGGGCGCUUGACCUGCAUUAUCCCCAGCCUGAGCAGGAACCUUUUGUUUCCGUCGGUGAGGUCACGACGAGGCCUCAACAUUAUGGGCCCAGUGAAAGUGAGUCCAGAGUCUGUGCCGUCGCUGCAAACAUGGGUAAUGGGGCUAUAUGUCCUCUCAGGAGGGUAGCAAACAGCAUGUUGCCCUUAUUCGAGUUGCAGACAUCAAGUGCAGAAGACUGGGUUAUUCCACGGCUGUGAUUUGCCGCAUCACAGUUGGGCGGACCUGCAUGCAGGCCUGAGGGGAGGAAAUCGAGGUAAUUCGGCGUUGCUCGCCGGCGUCUGCUCCCCUCGGUGGUGAAAUAGGCACAUCUGUACAAACAUUAUCCCUUGGCUGCGAUAACCUGAAACCUAUUGGACAAUAAUAAUACGCACUAUGCUAAAAACAUGUGUCUCUUUGCAAAGUUGGGCUAACUGGGGCUUGGUGUAAGCGGCGGUCUGCCAGAGUGAUCUACCUGCGUCUACAGGUGCGAGCGAUCAUCUUGAUCCGGAUUUUGGAGGGUUGCC